AUGGAACAAAGGGACACCAUUAUUCAGAACUUACAAAAAGAAUUGGACGCAGCAGCUCGCGAGGCACCCAUCACUGAAUCAUCACCUGUCUGGAAGGAUAAAUCGGGCGGCAGCACAAUUACACCCGCGAAAGAGGGCCAGACUCUCCCCCUAUCUGACGGUCAUUCUUUUGAAUUUCAGCAUGGCGAGCCCGCUCCCAAGAAGUCGGUCAUGUCUCCUAUCCCUGUUCCGCUCCCCACUAACGAACGCGUGUAUACCAAGAAUGAGGUAGAGGCGAUGAUCACCGCGGCCAUAAAAAACUAUGCCCAUUCUUUGCCCCAAGAAAAUAGACCCAAACGAGAUCUCAGACGUCCUGCAAACGAACAGCGACCCGAAAACGAGUGCAACAGUUAUUCCGAAAGUAAAGGAGGUGACAGUCAGGAUGUCCGGACCGAGGUCGACAGCUUAAGGCGAGAUAUAAAUGAAUUGAAGGCCUUGCGAAGCGGCCUAAAACGGACCUUCGAGGGAACUAGUCCGUUCGCCAAGCACAUCGACGAUGAUCCCAUACCACCGAACUAUCGACCCAUUUUGUUCGAAUAUAAUGGCACAUCAGAUCCUGCUAAGCAUUUGAGCCGAUUUAACAAUACGACCUCUCUCCACCAGCUCACUGAGGGGGUGAAGUGCCGAGCUUUUGUCACUACUCUGGCCGGGCCGGCUCAGGCCUGGUUCGGCCUACUGCCGCAGGGAAGCAUACACUCAUUUGGGCAGUUUACCAAAGCCUUCAUGAACCAGUUCGCCAGCUCGAAAAAAUGUAAGAAAACCUCGCUGUCAUUAUUCAGCAUUCGACAGAGGGAGAAGGAGAGUCUCCGAAAUUAUAUUAAGCGUUUCACCUCGGCAACUCUAGAGGUUCCCACCACUAGCGACGAAGUACUAAUGGCCGCCCUAUCGCAAGGAUUGAGGGACGACGAAUUUUUUCGAGCCUUGGCAUUGGAACCGUCGCCUGAUUUCGACAACUUGUUGGGAAGAGCAUCUAGAUUCAUCAACCUAGAGGAGGCUCGACAACAAAAGAUAGAAGAAUCUCAUCAGGCCAUAAGUUUAAGGUCAAACGAGAUAAGGAAGAAUAAGGAACCCAUCUUGCCGCGAAGAGAUACGACAUCCGGCCGAAAUGGUGCUCCAGACACUAAGGGCCCCCGGUAUCAGUCAUACCAGCCCCUCACAGCCCCCUUAUCUAAUGCCUUGUGCGCCAUUGAGAAGAGAAACGACCUCCGCUGGCCUCGGUUUGCUCGAGAGGAGCUCCGCCGAAGUCCUGCUUUGGGUACCUUUUGUCGCUUCCAUAAUGAGUAUGGCCACACGACGAACGAGUGUUCACAUUUGAAAGAUGAGGUGGAGCGUCUUAUCAGAGAUAACAAAAUUGGGGAUUUUGUGAAAAUAGAUCCCCCACGAGGACAAAAACGCGAGGCCCAGUUCGGAAUUCCGGCCCGGGUUCCUCCCCCGCCCCUGAUGCCAAAACGAGGAUAUAUCCAAAUGAUUUCGGGAGGACCCACGGGAGGAGACACCCACCGCGCUAGAAGGCGUCACCUCGGUGAUAUUAAGAAUAACCAUGAGAUAUGUCGGAUCUCUGAGAUGGCGUGUCAUAAAUAUCCCCUUAUCUCGUUUGGACCAGAGGAUGCCGUAGACCUUGAUGAUUUUCACUGCGACCCCCUUCUCAUUACAAUUAACGUGGGCGGAUAUGACAUGGCUCGCGCUUUCGUCGACUCGGGGAGUUCUGUUGAUGUUAUCUCCUAUGAUUGUUUCCGGCAGAUGGAGCUCGACCUCCCAAUCUUCCCAGUCACUACCCCGAUAUUCGGGUUUACGGGAGGAUCCUUGACACCGGUCGGGCAGGUUAAAAUCCCAGUCACCAUCGGGACGCCACCUCGCACGCGGACACAAACCGUUAAUUUCGUGAUUAUCGAGGGAUCCCCUGCCUCGUAUAACAUCGUGAUAGGCCGACCAAUGAUGCAUAUCUUCCGGGCAGUCCCCUCUACUAUACACCAAAAGCUCAAAUUCCCUGUGGACGGGGCGAUAGAAGAAGUCAGAUGUGACCAAGCCCAAUCAAGAUCUUGUUACGUCGAAAUGGUCAAAAUGGCAGAAAAAGGGGACGACGUGGUACCCUCAUUAAGGAAGAUCUGGGAGAUGAGAAACACCCCCGACUUAACUUACGACCUGACUGGCAUCGCACCUCGCACCAAUGGACGAGCUAAUGAUAAUCGACCUGCUCCCUGGGACGUCCAAGCGAACCCGGAUAAGUAA